UCCAUUUGCCGGAGACAAGACUCUCAUUUUCCAGGCUAUAAUAUUCUCUGCUCCCCCUGAUUCUUGAACCCUAGAUGGAGUCGAGCUUUCCCUGUGAAUUCUUCAUCUAGCAUCGCAAGAUUAAGAUUGCAAUCAUUCGACUACUCUCUCUGCUACAAACUUCAGAGGAACACACCAUACCUUAGGGUUUUAGGUUUCACAAUUUUCUGCAAAUCGUUUCUCUGAAUUUGGAGGGAGGGAGAGCCAGAAACAAGUGAAAAAGCUUCGCGGUAGCUCGAUUUCUCCUACAAGGCAACAAUAAGUAUGGCAACUGCAGAGCCAGCACCGGCUUCCCUUGGUCCUCGUUAUGCGCCUGAGGAUCCUACUCUGCCAAAACCCUGGCAGGGAUUAAUUGAUGGAAGCACUGGGCUUUUGUACUACUGGAAUCCUGAAACAAACAUCACUCAGUAUGAAAAGCCAUCCUCUUUGCCUCCUCCAUUGCCUCCAGGCUUGCCUCCCUCGGCUUCUACACCCAAGCUGGCUCCUAUACCAAGUGUUCGAAUGAUGCAAUCAAAUAGUGUUGUGGGCCAACCAGGGCAGCAAAUGACACAGACCCCACAACAGCAAGGGCAACAAACAGACUCGUCACAACAUCCCCAACUAAUGCCACAAAUUGCUCAACAGCAUAGCUCACACUUAGCACAAGCCGGGCAACAACAGGGAACACAAUUGGCUCAGGCCAUUCAACAGCAGGGACAUUUAACACCACAACAACUUGGGCAACAAACAAUACAACAACCAAAUCAGCAAGUUCUAUUGCAGUCAGGACAACAAAUGUCUCAUCAGUCAGCACAGCAAAUGCCACAACAAUCAAUGCAGCAAAUGCAAAUGCCAAUGUAUCAAGGCUCACAAAUGGGGCAAUCACAAGGGCAUCAAUUUACACAUCAACAGAUGCAGUACAUGGCAUAUCAGCAGAGCAACAUUCCACAGGGGCAACAAAAUUCGCAGCAACCGAUGCAGCGUACUACACAGGGGCAUCUAUUUCCCCAUCAACAGGAGCCGAAAGCAGGAUUCCAGCACAGAGAGGAUAUUGAUUCUCAACAAGGAAAGCAAAUUGGGUUGUCUCCGCAGAUUCAACAGCCUGGUGGGCCAUCUGUUCAAACUGCUCCAGUGGGAACUAAUUCCAUUCAGAUGCAACAGAUGGGCGUGCAACCUGGUCAAGCACAACAGUUUGGUAGCUCCUCUCUCAAUAUGCAACAACAUGGCUCUCGGGUUCCAUUGCUGCAACAUAGUCCCAGGUUUCAAAAUCAGUUGGACGCAGCAAUAAUGCAAAACCAACAGCCUAGUGCGGCCCCUGUCAAUUUAAAGAUGGGUUUUGAAGAAAAUGCAUCUAGAAGAGUUGGGAAUGAGUAUUACUUCAAUGCUAGCAACGACAGGACUGCUAUGAUUCCCCAGCAGCCAAAGCUUGCUUCUAUACCCAUGGCUAGAAAUCAGCAGGAGAUGAGGGUGGGUGUUGCUCCACUUCCUAAUGCCCCUCAUGGUAUUGCUGGUGGACUAAACUCUGUGGCAGGGCCUGCUGUGCAUAACAUUUAUGGUCACGCAGCCAGUGGGCCAGCCUUUCCAAAUAAUGCUAUGACAAGGCCGCCUCCAAUGAUUAUGGAAUCCACAGAUGCUAUUGAUCUCUCACCAGUUGAAGUAUAUUGUCAGAAGCAUGAAGUUACUGCAACGGGUGGUGAUGUUCCAGCUCCUCUCAUGACGUUUGAAGCCACUGGCUUUCCUCCAGAGAUACUUAAAGAGUUGCAUUUCGCAGGUUUCUCUUCUCCCACACCUAUUCAGGCACAAACAUGGCCAAUUGCGUUACAAAAUAGGGACAUAGUGGCUAUUGCCAAAACAGGAUCUGGAAAAACAUUGGGCUAUCUGAUCCCGGCCUUCAUUCUUCUAAGACAACGCCGUAAUAAUUCUCAGAAUGGCCCAACAGUUUUGGUCUUAGCUCCAACUCGAGAGCUUGCCACACAAAUACAAGAUGAGGUUCUCAAGUUUGGUCGAUCUUCAAGGGUCUCUUGCACAUGCUUGUAUGGUGGAGCUCCUAAGGGUCCACAAUUAAAAGAAUUGGAUCGAGGGGCGGAUAUUGUCGUGGCAACUCCUGGUCGGCUCAAUGACAUCCUUGAAAUGAAGAAAAUUGAUUUUGGGCAAGUUUCUCUUCUUGUGCUUGAUGAAGCUGAUCGGAUGCUUGACAUGGGUUUUGAACCCCAAAUACGUAAGAUUGUGAAUGAGAUUCCUCCCCGACGGCAAACUCUUAUGUAUACAGCGACCUGGCCCAAGGAAGUGAGAAAAAUAGCAAGUGAUCUUCUUGUUAAUCCUGUUCAGGUGAACAUAGGCAGUGUCGAUGAGCUCGCUGCAAAUAAAUCUAUUACUCAGCAUGUUGAAGUAGUUCCUCAAAUGGAGAAGCAGAGGCGCUUGGAGCAGAUUCUUAGGGCCCAAGAACGGGGUUCGAAGGUCAUUAUAUUCUGUUCAACGAAAAAGUUGUGUGACCAGCUUGCACGUAGUAUUGGACGUAAUUUUGGGGCCGCUGUAAUUCAUGGAGACAAGUCUCAAGGCGAGAGAGAUUGGGUGCUGAAUCAAUUCCGGUCUGGAAAGUCCCCGAUUUUAGUUGCCACUGAUGUUGCUGCACGGGGACUUGACAUAAAAGAUAUAAGGGUUGUGAUCAAUUACGAUUUUCCAACUGGGGUCGAGGAUUAUGUCCACCGAAUUGGAAGAACUGGGAGAGCUGGGGCCACUGGAGUGGCAUACACCUUUUUCUCUGAUCAGGACUGGAAGUAUGCAGCUGAUCUGGUAAAAGUUCUGGAGGGGGCUGACCAGCUGGUGCCUCCAGAAGUACGAGAGAUGGCUUUGCGUGGUGGGCCCAAUUUUGGCAGGAAUCGGGGUGGGCCAAACCGCUAUGACGCUAGUGGUGUUGGUGGUCGUUGGGAUUCUGGUGGCCGUAGUGGCACGAGGGAUGGUGGUUUUGGUGGCCGUGGUGGAAUGAGAGAUGGCAACUUUGGUGGCCGUGGUGGAAUGAGGGAGAACAAUUUUGGCGGCCGUGGUGGAAUGAGGGAUGGUGGCUUUGGCGGCCGUGGUGGAAUGAGGGAUGGUGGCUUUGGAGGGCGCAUUGGAAUGAGGGAAGGCGGCUUUGGUGGCCGUGGAGGCAUGAGGGAUGGCAACUUUGGUGGCCGUGGUGGUGGUCAUGUUGGCUGGGAUAGGAAUGAACGAGCCCCACAUGAUAGAUACAACAAUAUGGAUGGGCGUGGACGGGGUUAUGGUAGGGGGCCAGGACGGUUUGAUAACAGAAGAGAUGUUGCAAACCGCAGCAGAGGUAGAAGUUAUAGCUCAAGUCCUGAAAGGGUUCGAACAUGGGGCUAUAGUAGAAGCCGUAGCCGUAGCCGAAGCCGAAGUUGGAGUCGAAGCCGAAGCCGGAGUCGUAGCUGGUCUCGCAGCCGUAGUCGCAGCCGUGACAGACGUGAAAGACCCCGUAAGACAAAAUUUGAUCAGAUGGAACCCUCAAUGCCAGUAUCUGGGCCUCCUCCUGAAUCAAGGAUGUCUCCUAUGUCUCUGAGCACACAAGCCAAUGCAAUUUCUGGAGUUGAGCUUCCUGGCCAGUUACCACCGGUUGAGAAUGUUGAGCCAGAACAUCUAGAGGCUGCGGCUGACACACACGAACCCCCAUGCAAUUUAGUUGAUGAAUCUUAAGGUGUGACACAUACUUCCCAUGUAUUUGUAAUAUUUUUGGGACACAGGUGGUGUCAAUUUUUAUGUGUGUAAUGGUUCGCUUAACUCACUUUUCUGAAGACGGUGUCCGGUCGGUAUAAUCCCAUUUUUUACAGCAAAGUUGAGGUUGGGGCUGUCUUGAUGAAUUGAUUGAUUAUGUGGAGAAGAUGAAAACUGACUUCUUUCUGUUUCUUCUCUGUAUUGUCUUGGCUCUUGGAAUUUAUUAGUAAUGGGAGGGUGUUCGAUUGUGAUUUGGUCGGCGGCGUUGUUAAGCCAAUGUGCUGCCCUCCUCUGAACUCUUUUAUGUGAUAUCACAUUUAGUUGAAAAUUUCAUUAUGGACUUGCCAUAGUGUGAAACGUAA